AUGAAAGCAUUAGUUUACGAAGGUCCAACAAAGAAAUCAUGGAAACUGGUGGAUAAACCAACUAUUGAAAAGCCUACAGACGCAAUUAUCAAAAUUGAAUCAACGACCAUAUGUGGUACAGAUUUGCAUAUUUUAAAGGGAGAUGUUCCUGAAGUCGAAGAAGGUACUAUUUUAGGACAUGAAGGAAUUGGAUAUAUCGAAGAAGUUGGGUCCAGCGUUAAGAAUUUCAAAAAAGGUGAUAAGGUGAUAAUUUCAUGUAUUACCUCAUGUGGAAAUUGCACAUAUUGCAAAAGAGAUAUCCAAGCUCAUUGUAACGAUGGUGGAUGGAUUUUAGGACACAAUAUUAACGGUACCCAAAGUGAAUUUGUUAGAAUUCCUCAUGCAGAUUAUUCAUUAAUCAAUGCGCCAAAGGAUGUUAAAAACGAAGCAUUAUUAAUGUUGAGUGAUAUCUUGCCUACUGGUAAUGAGGUUGGUGCAAUUUGCAGCAAGAUUGAAGAAGGUGACAUCGUUGCAAUUAUCGGAUGUGGGCCAGUUGGUAUUGCGGCCUUAUUGGCAGCUGAAGUGUACAAGCCCAGAGCAAUUAUAAUGGUUGAUAUGGACGAAGAACGUCUUAAGAUUGCCAAAGAAACUUUUGGUGCAACACAUUCAAUUAAUCCAGUCGAGUUGAAAAAACAAGGUAUUAAAUUUACUGACGCAAUAAAGAAAAUCACAGAGGAAUUUAAAGAAGAAAGACCUGGAUUGAAAGAUGGGGUCGAUGCCGCUAUUGAGUGUGUUGGAAUUCCCCAGACUUUUGAUAUGUGUCAACAAAUUAUUGCUCCAGGUGGUAGAAUUGCUAACGUGGGUGUUCAUGGAGCCAAGGUCGACUUACAAUUGCAGGAUUUAUGGAUUAAAAACAUUACAAUUUCCACCGGAUUAGUGUCUGCGUACUCCACAAAGACAUUGUUGAAGAAUAUUGAAGAUGGUGAAUUGAAACCAGAGAAGUUGGUCACCCAUGAAUUCAAGUUGAACGAUAUUGAAAAUGCAUACCAUACGUUCAGUAAUGCAGCCACAGAAAAAUGCAUUAAAGUGAUAUUAAACAACUGA